AUGCGGCACAUGGUCCCAGUCGACGACUACAACCGCCGAACCAGCGAACUUGAGCAGCAGGCAGCCGCGCGCGCCCGCGAGCUGGAGCGGCUGACGGUGGAAUGGCGCGGGAAGCUGCAGGCCGCUGAGGACGAGGCCAAGGACCUGCGUCGUGAACAGCCAGGGGCAGCAGCGGCUGAACGACCUCGCUGCACAGCGCGAGCAGAGCGACAAGGCGGCGGAGGAGACAAAGCAGCAGCUGCGGCUGGUGCGUCAAGAGCUGGGCCACCAGGUAGAGGUGGCAGAGGCAGAGGCGCGCGUUGGAAGGAUGCGGCUGUGAAAUCCACCGACAGCACCGACGAGCUCGUGCGGAAGGUCGCCGCCAAGACGGAAGAGUUGGAGAGAACCAAGACGGCCGCUGACACUGCGCGCGAGACCCAUCAGGCGCAGCUGCGGGCCGCGCAGGAGCAGCUGCAGCAGUGGCAAGCCGACGCCCAAGGUCGCGAGCGCGAGGUGCGGGCAAAGGAGGUCGCCGUGCGCGAUGCUAGCGCUGCGCUGAAUUCCCUGCGCGAGGAACAUGGCCGCGUCGUUGGGGAGCUAAAGGACCGGCUUGCCACUGCGUUGGCGUCCGACGCCAGCCACAAGGAAGAGGCAACUCGGCUGCAGCACGAGCUGCGGCACGCGCAGCAGCAGGAACAACUGCGCACCCGCGAGGAAGAACUGCGCCGCGCCGAGCUGCUGCACGACAAGGCCGUUCAGGACCUGCAACACAGGCAUGCCGCCGCACUGGAGGAGCUGCAGGAGCAGCUUGCAAAGGCGCAGGCGGCGGUGGCGGCCAAGACUGACACCCUUGACAGCGCAAGACGGGACUUGAGCAGGCACAGAACCGGCUUCGCGCAGGCAGAGAGGCGUGCACUCGCCUGCAGCGAGGACAAGGACCAGGCGGAGAAGCUCAUGAAGGCAGCUGAGGCAGAGACCCAAGCGCACCGCCAGGAGAUGAGGGUGCUGCGCGAGCAUGUGGAGGAGCUCCAGCGUGAGAUAGACGCGCAGAAGCAGACCAUCGCCUCCGCGCGUGAAGAGUCGCGCAGCCAUGAGGCCAACUGCACCGCCCUGCGUCAGCAGCUUGGCGCGGCAAAUGCUGCCGAGCAAGCUGCGCGAAAAGAGCUCUCUGCCAAGUCACUGGAGAUGGCUUGA